AUGGAAAAAAAAUUAAUUAAUUUAGAAAAUGUCAUAUCAGAUGUUUUAGUUGAAUCACCAUCAUUUUCCUUCCACUGUGCGCACUUUAUUGCUUAUAAAGGAUUUAAAGAAACCUUACAUGGACAUAAUUAUAACGUUUCUUUAAAAAUAAAAGGUUAUAUACAAGAUGAUGGUUAUGUAAUAGAUUUCUCUAUUUUGAAAGAUGCAGUUAAAAAAAUUUGUAAUAAACUAGAUCAUCACUUCAUACUACCUAUUUACAGUGAUGUUUUAAAAAUUGAGAAAGUAAACAAUAACAUAAAAAUCACAUGUGAAGAUAAUUCAGAAUAUUCUUUUCCAGAAAAGGAUUGCAUUAAAAUACCCAUAAAACACUCCUCCUCAGAAGAAAUUGGGCACUACAUAAUAGAAAAAAUAAUAGAGGAAAUAGAUCUAUCAUAUUUAAAAUCAAGGAAAGUUAAUUAUAUUGAAAUAUGCAUAAGUGAAUCACCAACCCAAAAGGCUAUAAUAUAUAAAUACAUAUAA